CAGUAGUAGCACUUCCUUGCAACAAAAUUUUCAUAUCCCUGGGCUUGUCUUAUGACCUCGAAACGCCGUAUUUGAUUGGCCAAAAAUGCUAUUAUCACUGCAUACCUGAGAGAGUCUUUAAACCAAUGUUCAGGUGCUUCCGGCUCUACCCUCCUUCCCUACUCUCCCAUCUCUACUUCUCACUCAUAUCCUUCCACGCGUCCUCUCCGCUCUACUGGAAACUCCGGGACGAAUACAAACUCAGCCGACCCGAACUCUUCUCACGGAUCACCCGACUCCUUGUCCUAGGCCGUUACAACGACCUCUCUUUCGACUUCUCCGAUGAACUACUCGAUUCCGUUCUCCAAAACCUGAAAUUGAACCCAGAAGCUUCUUUAUGUUUCUUCAAAUUGGCUACCAGGCAACAAAAGUUCCGACCAAACAUAACCUCGUACUGCAAAAUCGUCCACAUCUUGUCCCGAGCUCGUAUGUACGAUGAAACCAGAGCUUAUUUAUCCGAACUCGUCGUUUUAUGCAAGAACAGUAGCUUUUCUUCUUUAAUUUGGAAUGAGAUCGUCAGGAUCUAUAAGGAAUUUAAUUUUUCGCCGUUGGUUUUCGAUAUGUUAUUGAAAGUUUUUGCUGAAAAGGGAUUGAUUAAGAAUGCUUUGUAUGUGUUUGAUCAUAUGGGGAAGUACUGUCGUGUCCCUAGUCUAAAGUCAUGUAAUUGUUUGCUGAGUAAUUUGGUGAAGGAAGGAGAAAGUUAUACAGCUCUGCUCGUUUAUGAGCAGUUGCUUAGGAUUGGGAUCGUACCCGAUGUUUUUACGUGUUCCAUUAUUGCUAAUGCUUAUUGUAAGGAAGGGAGAUUGGACAGGGCGGUGGAGUUUGUGAAAGAAAUGGAUAAUUCGGGUUUUGAGUUGAAUGUGGUUAGUUAUAAUAGUUUGAUUGAUGGAUUUGUUAGCUUGGGAGAUAUGGAGGGAGCUAAAAGGGUGAUGAAGUUGAUGACUGAAAAAGAGAUUUCGAGGAAUGUCGUUACGUAUACGAUGUUGGUCAAAGGUUAUUGUAAAAACCGUGAGAUAGAGGAAGCAGAGAAGGUGAUUAAAGAGAUGGAAGCAACAUUGAUGGUUGUGGAUGGUUAUGCUUAUGGUGUGCUGUUAGAUGGUUAUUGUAAAGUUGGAAAAAUCGAUGAUGCUAUCAGGAUUCAACAAGAGAUGUUGAAAAGGGGACUGAAGAUGAAUUUGUUUGCUUGCAAUUCGAUGAUCAACGGGUAUUGUAAGGUUGGUAAAACUCAUGAAGCAGAGAGGGUUUUGAAGAAUAUGGGUGAUUGGAACAUAAAGCCAGAUUCAUAUAGUUAUAAUACUGUGAAUGGCUAUUGUAGGGCGGGCCGUGUGAAUGAGGCUUUCAAUCUUUGUGAUGAAAUGCUUCGGGAAGGAAUUGAACCACGUGUUCUAACUUACAACACCCUUCUCAAGGGUUUAAGUCGUGCAGGUGCUUUUACUGAUGCCCUGCACCUUUGGCAUAUGAUGCUGAAAAAAGGCUUUAUCCCGGAUGAGGUUGGUUGUUCUACUCUGCUUCAGGUAUUUUUCAAGAUGGGAGAUUUUGAAAGUGCUUUAGGAUUUUGGAAAAGAAUUUUGGCUAGGGGCUUUUCCAAAAUUAGGAUUAUUAUUAAUACAAUGAUUAACGGACUGUGUAAGAUUGGGAGAAUGGAUGAAGCAAAAGAGAUAUUUGGCAAAAUGAAGGAGCUAGGGUGCUUACCAGAUGGAAUAACAUAUAGAGUCAUGACUGAUGGGUAUUGUAAAAUUGGGGAAAUCGAAGAAGCUUUUAAAUUUAAAGAUACGAUGGAAAGUGAAGCAAUUAUUCUUACAAUUGGAAUGUAUAACUCUCUUAUUAGUGGCGUUUUCAAGUCCAGAAAACUGAGAAAAUUAGAGGAUGUUCUUACUGAAAUGCAAUCCAGGGGAGUAGCCCCUAAUCUUGUUACGUGUGGGGCUCUGAUUUUCGGUUGGUGUGAUGUAGGAAACUUGAGUAAAGCUUUUAGCAUAUACUUUGAGAUGACAGAGAGAGGGUUUGCACCGGACAUUAAGAUUUGCAGCAAAGUAGUAAGUUGCCUAUACAGGCUUGGCAGGAUCGAUGACGCAAAUAUACUCUUGCAGAAGAUGGCAGGUACUGAUCCUCUUUUAACUCACAUGGGUUUGGAUAGCCAGAAGACUGAUGUUAGUUCCUUAAACAUUCAGAAAAUUGCAAAUACUCUUGAUGAUAAUGCCAAAAGCUUUUGUCUGCCCAACAAAGUUGUGUAUAAUAUUGCUAUUACUGGAUUGUGCACGUCUGGGAAGGUUGAUGAUGCUAGAAGAUUUUUCUUAGCCUUGCUGCAACGAGGUUUCAAUCUCGACAAUUUCACAUAUACCACUUUGAUUCAUGGAUAUUCAGUCUCUGGUGAUGUCGAUGAAGCAUUCAGGUUACGGGAUGAGAUGCUGGAAGUGGGUCUUAAACCGAACAUUGUUACUUACAAUUCUCUAAUAAACGGCUGUAAAUCAGGAAAUCUAGAUCGAGCACGGAGGCUUUUCAAUAAGCUUCCAUCUAAGGGGUUAGCUCAUAAUGCUGUUACCUAUUAUACGUUGAUUGACGGAUAUCUUAAAGUAGGUAAAACGUGUGAAGCCUCCAGAUUGACAGAGAAAAUGAUGGAAGAAGGGAUUUCCCCAUCUCUAACCUCCAGUUCCGCUUUGGUGAGUGGCCUUUGUGAGCAAGAAGAAAAGAAAAGUCUGAAAGUUUUGGCUGCUCAGGAUUAUGUUAAAUGUGGAGAUAUGGAGAUAACCGUCUUCAUGCAUUUCGUAUGCCCGUCCCUCGAAUUUAAGCCAUUAUCAAACAGAACGGAGUUGAUAGCAUCCUCGGAUUCUAAAGCAUCAGAGAAUGCAUGUUUCACAUCCGAUACUGUGACGGGAGCUCGCAAGUCACAACUAAGGGAUUAACUGGGAUGGUUUUAUCAUGGGAAUAAAUUUGAAGAUUGGCCAUCCUCGUUUUCUUCUUUAUCAUUGAAACUCAAGGUUUGGUCUCAUAUCUUGCGUUCCCUGAAGAUUAUACAUACAUGAGAUGCUUUAGAGCUUCAAGCAGAUCUUUUGUCGUGAUGGUAUCAAGCACAAGGGACGUCCGUUUCCAAUAAACCCA